AUGUCACUGUCGAUUUUGGUGAUCAAAUUGUAUGUGUUACUAGAUAAGUGCAAAAAUCAGGUGUCAACUACCAAGAUUGAGAUGCGCCUGCCAAAGAUGAACCUAUUCUGUGAACAUCUCUUGAUUAUCUCUCAGAGGCCGGCAUACCCAUCAUUAAAGUCUCGAGACAAAGAUUGGGAUAAGUUGGAAGCACUAGUUAAGAAGGAAGAGAAAGAUGAGAAGCUAGAUGGUGAUGCUGCAUUGGACAAGUUUUCCAGCGAGAUCUACGGGAAUGAUGAUGAGGACAUGAGAAGGGCUAUGAGCAAAUAUUUAGUGGAGUCAAAUGGGACAAUGUUGUCAACAAACUAG